UUGUAAUAUUCAGAGGAGGCUGCGAUAUUGGAGUGUGUACUGUUUUCUCUGCCCCUGCGGAUCUGAGUUACUCAAUAUUGGGGGGUUUUGUGUUCGGUGGUAGUUCCUUGGGCCGCGCUGGUAGUUAGCUAAUUGGCCAGGAUAGUGGCCUUACACGUUUCCACACUACCGACUCUAGGCAGCGACAUUAAUUGUGUAAUAAUAAUCAGUGGAAGAGUGCACAGGAUACUGUGUCGCACCGCACGUUAUCUUCAGGCAGUAUCACCCACUUAAGGAGAAGAACACUAUCGGCCGAGAGUGCAGCACGGCGGCUACUUGCGAAAGUGUUAUUUAAUUUUCUCCGGCGAAUACCGCACGAAAUUGAUCUCUAGUGGUGACUUUCCGUUUCUGAUAAUGGAAGUCUGCUGAAAACUUCCCCAACAACGUCUGAUAGACCUGAAAGACUUGGCAGACAAUUAUCUGGUGGAUGCCGGGACUUCGCCCAUCCAAUUCGAAUUAAUAAACAUUCCAAGUUUGUGUUUUUUCUUGUUUGUGGCUUUAUUCAGUUCGUUCUGCUGGUGGCGGCGGAGGCAGCUUAGUCAGCGGGUGUUACCGGGACUAUCUCGGCUUCUGUUUGCUCUUCUCAUUAUUCAUAUCAAACUUAUCACGGCACAACGAAUUUCAAAUCACUACCUUCCUCCUGACUAUGGGAACGACUCUUUGGCCAAGCAAUUACUUGGGAAAAUGAUAGCAGCUUCAUAUGGGCUGAAAUAAACACUGAAUAAAUAAAUAAAUAGGAACAAGAAUAUUUUCAAAAUGAAGAAGAUCAACUCGGGAUACAGUUCAGAUUCUGAACAAAAUAACAAACAAGACUUAAGUAUUCUGCGGAAACCAAUUACAACAGGACUGACAGGAUUUCUUGAGGCAAAACGUGCAUAUGAUAAUGGGACUGAAGAGAUUCGGCGAAUCUUAACAAGAGAAUGUGAUAUCCUAUACGAAUGUAAGGUUUGCCGAAAUAUGUUUCGGAGCUUUACAAACUUCAUAAGUCAUAAGAGAGUUUAUUGUCGCACAGCAUUCAGUAAUUUAUCAAAUCAUUUCAAUAUCAACAAUGGAUCCAUAGAUGUAGCAACAAUCAUUCAGAAGGAACAGGACUUCGUAAAUCACAGUACAACAAACGAUAAUAAAAACACAGAAAAUUCAAACAAAGAUUUAAGUAGCAUCGUUGAACGACUAUUGAAGCGGGAACAAGCAAAUAGUGUAAUGAAACUAAGCGAUUACUACGAUCAAGUGAACAACAAAUUAACUCAGGAUGAGCUUCUACGCAAGAAACACGAAAUACAACUUGAUCGCGUUCCUAAUAGCAAUGUUGCAGUCUAUCAGACGAUUAAACGGGAAAAUUGCGAUAAUAUUAAAAAGGAGGUGACUGAAGUUAAUGACCUUAUUCACAAGAGAACGGUGAUCGGGUCUGACGGGAAGGUGAUCGUAAAUGAUAAGAAAGUAGUGAAGAAUAGUUCUGUAGAAUCGAGAUUUAAGGAGAACAAGAAAAAUAUAGACAGUGAGGAAGUGUCCUGUGAUGUUUGUAAUUUGAAAUUCUUAACGGAGAAGACACUGAAACUUCAUCUUCAAACUAAACAUAUCUCGACAACAUUCGUAUAUCAGUGUCCUUCCUGUUCUCAAACAUUUUUGCAGCCACAUGCUGUGUUCCGACAUUUAAGUAAUGAUCAUAAAAAAUCACUGCGUCGUAUCCGAUUGAUGCGAGAUUCCAUUUUGAAGAGAUGUGUUCGCAUCGACGAAGUUCAGACAAGAGGGCCGAGUCGGGAACUUGCCCGCCUUCAGACAGACAAUGAAAAGCGUCAUGCAGAAAACAAAGCUUGGAUGAACAAAUCCGACCUUUCGAAUAGUUCGCCUAUGUGUGCGUAUUGCGGGAAGACAUUCGAAAGAAAGGCGGUACUUACUACACACCUUAACAAUUGCCCGAUGAAGAAUAAAUGUCCUGGACCGCAGACACGACGGUUCACAGAAAUGGCUAAUUCAACCAGCAAUUGCAGAAACGGCAAUGAUCAACCCAGGACGCCAUCAAUCUUGAAUGGAUAUGAUCUUAAUGAACUUAGAGAUAUUAAGGAGCUGGACUUGAAUAAUCCAGACGAAUACAUGAGCUUAAGUGGUGCCCCAUCACGGGAUGGAUCGCCUGUUAACAAAAGGAAACGUAAACGUACAUGCAAAGUACUCCAAGGCGCAGAUUCAAUGGCGGACGCAUCAGAAUCGCUGAAUGAAUUGUUUUGGAAUAUUAAUAAUUCAUCGGAAAAUAUGGCAUUAAAAACGGUUUCAUUACAUAAAUCGCCAUCUUCGACGCCCCCGCCUGAUACUAAAUCAGACUCUCAGAAACAAGACCAAAUAGUUGAAAAAAAUGAUAAAAGUCCUGAGUCAGAGUCUGCUUUGAAAAGUCACAAACAAGUGUCCUUUUAUUGUAGAAUUUGUGUGAAAAAGUUCGAUGUAUUGAGUAAUCUUCGAAGACACAUUUCUAUGUUUCAUUAUCGUAAACGUAAAUUCGGCUGUAAAUUAUGUGAUUAUCGUGCGUUUAGAAAAUAUGAUGUCAUCAAUCAUUUGAAUUCAAAUCAUUCAAUCACAGGCGAAAGGGAGGAGGUACUCCACUAUGUCAUUGUGAAAGAAUCGAAAGGUGAGCGGAACGAAGAGAAUAUCGAUGCUGAUGUAAUUAUUGAUGAGAACGGCACGCUUGAUGUCGAAGUAUCGCCGAAAAACGUUGAAAAGAGACGUCGUCGAACUAAAGUCAAGGAGCCUUCUAAAUCGCCAGCUGAGAGUCCCCCUCGGGAAACUCCUGUGAAUACAGAAGUGAAAAAUGAGUCAAAAUUCACUAGAACACCAUCAAACCUCUCUUUGUCCUCGAAUGAAGAAGGGUCGUCAUCGUCCCUCUCAAAACGACCGAUAAGGAAUCGAGUGAAACCUGUAAACAAAGAUUUUGUAUAUGAUUUGUCUAAUUUAUUGAAAAAAGACAUGGUUCUAUCCGAGAAAACUCAACGUCGAAGGAAUACACAAUGUUUUCUAGACGACAGCAGUCGAGAUAGUACCACGCCACCUACUCUUUCGAAUGGCGAUACCUCUCCCCAAGCGGAGACCACAGAGGUGCCACGAAAUCCCAAUAUUAACCCUAAUAUAAAAGGUGCCGCCCUGAUUAUGGCGCACGCAGCGGUUUCCUCAUUUUCGGCUUGUUUUCACAAACCGCCUGAGCUUCCAGCGGAACGUCCGUCAAUCAUCACUCGUAUAGUGCCAGCUGUAACUGAUUCUAAAUCGUCAGAAUGGUCCCUACUCAAACCUCCAGAAAGUCGUCGCUCAUCCGAUGACAACAUCUUCCAGUCUGUUGGAAAAAAGCGACGUCAAGACGCGAGCACUAAUUCAAACGCAAACACAAAAACUGCCAGCAGUAUCUCUGAAAUCCUUCCGCCAAAAAUUGAAAUCAACAUCAACGGCGAUAGCAAAGUCAAACUCGUAUCUGAUCGGACGCAGGAUGAAGGGAGCGAUUCCGAGAAAAUCAUAGUGAAAUUGUUCUCAACCGAAAAGGAAUUCAAAGAACGUCUCGUGGCGAAUAAACUAACCGACCCGGGAACGACAUCACCAAAUCCUGCCUUCAUUGAUUCCACUAAAUUACCAUCAUCAUCGUCGGCAGCGGCCACGAACGGCAUCGGUUCUUCGUCUCAAUCUCAGCGAUCAGUUAUACAAUCCAGCGGGGUCCCACUGCCGCCGACGAAGCGAAUUGCGAUGCUGGAACGCUUAGUCGAGAAUAAAAAAAUACGAGGAAGUUUUCUUAAGUUAUCUUAGACUCAUUAAAAUCAAAAAAGAACUGUGUGAAUGUGUGAAGUGUAUUUAUGUUUAGUUAUUAUUUAUAGGUGGUAUUUCUUAAAAUGCUUCAUUUGAUUGAUUGAAACGUUAUUUUAGUUCUAAUGAUAAUGAUUUAACUGUAGCAGACAUGUGGCUUAGCGUACUGAUCUACACUGUUGAUAUAUUAAUUUCUAAUUUAACUACGUAUGUGGAGACAUAAUGUUAAUUUGCCCAAGUAAGUUUUUAAAAAAGAGACCAGUUAAGGAUUAAAAUAACUGGAUUUCUAAAAAAAUCAUGGAAAAAUAAUAUUAUAAUUAAUAUUCUGUAAUAUUGAAUAAAAGUUACCUUUAAUUCUGUUAUCGUACUAUCUGGAGGAUAAUUUAGUUUGGAAUAGAAAGACUAAAUCAUUAAAAAAAUUAAAUGCUUUUCGCGAUUGUCGCGAUUAAGGAAUAAAAAUCUAUUCAACC